CUUAUCUUUAAUCCAGUACCAACUUUCAAUGUCUAAUCAUCGUGGCAGUGUCAGUUGUGGCAAGUAUAACACCAAAAAUCAUAAUGCGAAAAAAGCAAAUUAUUUAAAUCCAAUGCAUAGCGUCAUGUGAAAAAAAAACCUGGUGGAGUAAAUUAUGAAACUACCUUUCAACUCAUUUCUGGGCCCGGUUUUGAAGAAAAAUCAAAAGAGUAUCCAGCGGCUGUGCGGCGUGCUGCCUUUUCACGUUUCACACAUCUACGUCGGAAUUUUGGGAGUCUUAGGAGUGGCCUUGAGUUUGUUCGAUAUCAUAAGGAUUGUGAAGUGCGGCCCAGUUCUACCAGGUUACCUAUGGAGGGAGAGACUGAAAACGGGAACACUGGUCCCCGCAGAAGUAGAGCGAGAUUGCAAAUUGAUCUGUUUAGUUUUGUCACUGGAAUAUUAUUGCUUCCUGCUCGUAGGAUUGUUAACUAAUAGUCCAAUUUUCUUCCUUCCCUUCAUGAUCCUGUACGCGGUAAUGGUGGUGAUGGAAUCUGUGAUAUUUUUCGUCCGAGCCUUCGUAGGCGGAUUGGACUACAAACGAAGUGGCCUGAUCAUGUCGAUGUUCAUGACGUACAACUGGCUCUCUGUAUUUUGCACCUUCUGUCGUGCUAUGAAUAGAUGUGAUGUCUAGUGGAUACUUUGUACAAAUACAACGAGUAAGACUGGAAAUAUUAGUUUAAUUUCGAGCAGUUUAUUCA